GAUACUCCAUGAUGUGACCUUGCAACCAACCACAGAGAGAAAGAUAGAUAGAUAGAUAGAUAGAUAGAGAGAGAGAGAGAUGGAAGCUGUGGCGAUGGCCGUGGCCACCGCUUUCGUGGACUGCAUGGUGCCGAGGCUCUUCAAGUUUUUGGAGGAGAAUAGUGAGCUUCGGAAGAACCUGCAGAGUGACAUCAACUACAUCAAGUAUGAGUUUGAGAUGAUUUCUGCCACCAUCAAGGAUGAGCAAAAGAAUUGCCAUGAUGGUGGCGAAGAGGUGCAUACUGUGUGGAUCAAUAUGGUGCGUGACUUGGCGCACGCCAUCGAGGACUGCCUCGAUAGAUUCACGCACCGCGUGGCGAUGGCUGAAACGGGUGCUGGGUGGCUCCGUCGGGCUGUGCACCGGGUGAAGACGGUGAAGGCCCGUAAUGAGUUUGCUGUUGCCAUCCGGAAGCUCAAGAAGAUAUCAGAGGAUGCUUCCCAGCUGAAAGGGACCUACAGUAGCAGCACCACCUCUUCACCAGGGCGGUCGCUGCUGUCACCUGAGCACACAGAGAUGGCGGUGAUGACUGACGACGAAGACGAGCAUUCAGCAGCAUCGUCCGGCCCUGCGCCCGUUGGUAUGGACGGUCCCCACAGUGAGCUUCUGGAUCUGAUCCAGCAGCAGCAGCAGCUCAAGGUGAUCACCAUUGUUGGGUUCCACGGUAUGGGCAAGACUCUCCUCGCCAAUCAUGUGUACAAGGCAAUUGAGAGCCAAUAUGAAGCUCUGGCUUGGGUCCCUCCAGCAAAACUAGGGGGAACAGCUAGUGAGGUUCUCAAGGAGAUACUCCAACAACUUGGUCAGUGUACCGAUGGCCCUCUCACCAAGCUUCAGGCAAGAAUCAAAGAUUGCAUUGGGACCAAGAGGUUCUUCAUUGUAAUUGAUGACUUGCGGAAAGCAGGAUAUUGGAACCAUAUAAAAGUGGCCUUUGCAGGGUUAAGCGGCAGAUUUCUGGUGACAACGGCCAUUCAGCGCAUAGCAAAUAUCUGCAGCAGCUCAGUUGUUCAUGAUCAUGUGUACAUAAUGACAACUCUUGCCGACCAACACUCAAGAAUUUUGUUCUUAAAGGAAGCUUUCCAAGACGACGAUCCACCACCGGAUGCGGAGGAGCUCGGCUCUGCAGCGCUCAAGAAAUGUGAUGGUCUUCCCCUUGCUCUUGUUACCACUGCUAGGUUCUUUCAAAGCAUGGGUAAUCCAACACCCAUGAAAUGGGAAAAGUUAUGCGCCGACCUGGGUACACAUCUGGAGAACGAUGAGCUAUUUGCAAGAAUGAGGCGUGUGCUUGUGCAAAGCUACACCAGCCUUGAUAGCCAGGUUGACAGGACAUUCUUGUUAUAUUUGAGUACCUACCCAAGUGGUCGUCCUGUCAGGAAAUCAACCCUAAUAAGGAAGUGGUUAGCCGAGGGGUUUUCACCAGGAAACAUUACAAGCAGUGCCCUUGACGCCGCUACUAGCUGUUUCGAUAAGCUAGUUGACCGGAGUAUCAUCCAACAUAUUGAUGCUAGUGGUAACAGCACAGAGGUGAAGACAUGCCAUACGCAUGGCAUGAUGCUGGAGUUUGUCAUCCGCAAGUCCAUGUCUGACAAUUUUGUUACCUUGUUGUGUGAUCAACCAUCUGCUCCACCCCUGCCCAGUAAAAUCCGUCGGCUGUCUCUUCAUCAUGCAAGGCCCACAGGAGUGAAUGAUUUGUCUCUUGUCCGGUCAUUGACUGUCUCCGGCCAGACACACCCAUCAAUCUUGGACUUCCGCAAUUAUGAACUGAUGCGAGUUUUGGAUCUAGGAGAGUAUGAUCAUCACUUGGGUGAUAGUGAUCUCAAGUUGGUAUGCAGCUAUCUGUUGCUGCUGAGGUACCUAAGCCUCGGAGCCGCUGUUACGGUGCUGCCAAAAAAUAUCAAGAAGCUUCAGUUAUUGGAGACACUGGAUGUAAGAAGGACGAAGAUAGAGAUUCUUCCAACACAAGUCUUGGAGUUGCCAUGUUUACUUCAUCUGUUUGGAAAGUUCAAGCUGAAACAAGAUGUGGGAGACCGCAGAAUGAGUAAGCUACAGGCUUGGUUGUCAGCCAAUAGUAAACUGGAAACAGUAGCAGGAUUUGUUGUGGACAGCAACAAGAGCCAAGGAUUUGCACAGCUCAUGGACCAUAUCAAGCAUUUGACAAAGGUGAAAAUAUGCUAUGAGUCUCACGCCGAUGCUAGCAGCACAAGUACUCUCUCGAAGGCCAUCAAGGGGUUCAUUGAGGGAGGCACCAAUUUGACAACACAUGCACUCUCACUCAAUCUCAGUGGCGAGCAGUCUCAAGACUUGCUGAAUUUCUCCGUGGAAACUGGCAAAUCCCAUUAUCUUAGGUCACUCAAGCUACAAGGGGACAACAUAUUCAGCCUGCCUCCAUUUGUUACCAUGCUGGUUGGUCUUAAUAAGCUGUGCCUUUCAUUCCCUCAUCAGCUGAGAAGUGACAUUAUUGCUGCCCUGAGCGGAAUGCGCAGCCUGAAGCAGCUGAAGCUGACUGCGACUCAACUGGACAAGCACAUCAUCGGAAAAGGUGCAUUCAAAAUCCUGCAACACCUAUGGAUCACGGUGGAAGUGAUGGCUGAGCUGGACAUCGAAGACGGAGCUCUGCCGUGCCUCAAGUCGCUCCGGCUGCUAUGUAAAAAUCUAGAUGGCUUUUCCGGCACAUCGGCGAUCGAAUACUUUAAGCACCUCAAGGAGAUAGCUCUUCAUCGUGAAGUGGGUGAUGCCACUAAACAUGAAUGGAAAGAAGCAGCAAGGAAACACCCAAGAUGUCCCAAGAUCUUGUUUGUCUAGACAGCACAUCAACAUCAAGGCAGUACAUGCUACGACUUGCUAAUGGCAGAACAUUCAUGCUAAUAAUUGGUUGAUGACCAUGGAAAGGUGUGUCUCAUCAACAUGAUCAAGUGCCUCGAACAAGUCACUCCUCUUUGCUAUCGUGUCAAUUUAGUGGCUUCCCCGCCUUUCCUACUUAUAUGUUGUGUCACCUCCAGGAUUUAUUUGUAGCAGAUCGAAGUUAAUGGCAUGUUAAGCCGAGCAAACAAUUUUUUUUAAGAACGACGGUGAC